AUGCUAACACUACGCGGCUAAACCGCUUAGCCUCGUAUAGAUAUAGAUGAUAUCAGUUAAAUGAUCGUGACUGUUAUUUAUUUGUAUUCAACUCCGUUUCCGCCUCUCUUUGUUGCCUUCGCGUGACGCUCAAGCGCGCUCAAGCGACGGUUUAUCAGCUGCUCAGAGGAGAGGUCGAGACGUCACAGCCGUUGGUUUGAAAUUUUUGGUUGUCAUACAUCACAAUAACCCUGAUUUAAACCUGUUGGUGUAGGUUGUAAAAACACCUUAACGACACUUUCACUGAUUCAUUAACAAUUUUGAUUAUUGGUAAAGCAAUGCAAAUAUCCAAAAUGCUAUAGUUCCAUCUUGCUUGUCGACGUGUGUGUGUGUGUGUGUGUGUGUGUGUGUGUGUGUGUGUGUGUGUGUGUGUGUGUGUGUGUGUGUGUGUGUGUGUGUGUAAUUGAUCUUUUCAGUAGUAAGAUUAUCCUGAAUCAUGAGAUGUAUUGAUUUUUCUUUCAUCUGCUUCAAAUGGGACAUAAUGGGAAAAUGUGAGUGGUCUUAGGAACUGUCUGCUUUUCUUCCAUUUUAUUCAAGGAAGGGUCUCAAAAGGGAACAAACCCAAGAGGGACGCCUGGACAAUCUUCCCUUGAGGGACAUUUUCCAUCUCUUUCUGCAGGAUCUCAAGCUUCUCCGAUCUUUUGGUCCAUCUCUCGCUCCAGCACCUCUCAUGAUCUAAAAGCUCGUGGACAGAGAACAUCAACAGAACCACAUCAUCUGCAGAAACCAAGAGAUGUUCCUAAACCAGACUUUGUUUUCCACAACGCCCUGUUCACAAACAUCCCAAACUGGAUUACAUUUAAACUAUUUUUCACUAUAAUCACAAAAUUGACAUUGAUUUCAGCUUUUAGACCCAGAAUAUCCUCGUCGAUGAUUGUUUUAUGUAAUGAAACUCUAAUUAUAUCACCAAUAUUAGAAUUUAACCUAAUUUCAACAAGUUAAACAUGUCGCAUUAAUGUUCUAAAAUUCUAACGAUCUCGUGAAGUUACAGUUCUGUUCUCAUGCGUGUCGUUUACAGAGUUCUUGGAUGAAAUGAUGCCACCAUCACUGUAGUACCAACGAGAGGAACAAACAGGGUCCGAUCAUGAGAGACGAAAGGGAGCAGCCAUGUGCCGAAAUCUGUCCAAAUACGCCAUCUUCUUCCUCUUCCUAGCGCUGUCCGGGCUAAUCUUCCUGUUGCGUAACAUCCACAUUGUAGAGAACUGGAACUGUCGCACGAUUUCAGCCCUUUACCAGCUGCAGAGCCAGGUCCAUUCGUCCUUUUUAACACGUCUUCCAUCUUUCAAUGAAAACCAGACCUUCUGCGCCCAUCUGGGCCAGAAACCGUCUCCUGAGGAUGAGCUGGAAGAGCGCUACCUAUUGGACUCCAUUGAGUGGCCCGGUCCUCCACCUCGCUCAACGCCGCUCAGCCUGCGCCAGACCAGCGACCCAGUUCACAGUUUGUUCACCAUCCUUCCCAAUAAUGGGAGGAGAGAGUGGCACGUGGGAGAGCAGCUGGAGGCCCUCGUCCAAAUGCACGACUUCCAGGGUCGCCCAAAGCACUACGGCGGGGACCUCCUCCUGGCUAGGCUGCACUCUCCAGGGCUCGGAGCGGCUGUAGCUGGGACUGUAGUAGACCACAAGAAUGGGAUUUAUUCUGCUUUGCUCCCGCUGCUCUGGGUGGGUUCUGCACAGGUGGAGGUGACUCUGGUGCACUCCAGCGAGGCUGUUGCUGUGCUGAAACAGCUGAGGGAGGAACGGCCCGAUCGGGUGUUUUUUAAGAGCCUGUUCCGCCUCGGCUUCUUGUCAGAAACCACCGUGUGCAACAUGUGUCUGCCCGCCGACCAGCAGCCUCUGUGCAACUACACGGACCUGUACACGGGCGAGCCCUGGUACUGCUACAAGCCCAAGAUGCUGAGCUGUGACACCAGAAUCAACCACGCCAAAGGAGGCUAUUUGAAACACCUCAUCACCAACAAGGAGGCGCUGCUCUUCCAGAGUGGCGUGAAUAUCAAAGUUCAGAUCCAUGCAUCAGGAGCCGACAGUAUCAACGUGCUUCCUCCGAAAGAUAAGUUUGAAGAGGAAAGCAACUCCUUAAGUCCAGACCACAUCCAGCUCACCCCUUCUGGAUAUUAUUUUGAGGACUCGUGGAGGCCGCUGGGUGGAGUUUUAAUGCGUCACUUCGAUGAACCGGCAGCCAUUGCGUUGUGUCUGAGGAACAAGGUGAUCAACAUGUACGGAGAUUCAACUGUGCGACAGUGGUUUGAGUACCUGAUCACUUCUAUACCAGAGAUGAAGGAGUUAAAUCUACAAAGCCCUAAAAACGUUGGGCCCUUCAUGGCUGUGGACAUCAAUCAUAAUAUUAUCUUGAAGUACCGCUGCCACGGUCCCCCGAUUCGCUUCUCCACCGUCUUGUCCAGUGAGCUGCGGUACAUUUCCAACGAGCUGGACGGCCUCUCUGGAGGUCCCAACACCGUGGUGGUCCUCAGCAUCUGGGCUCACUUCAGCACCUUUCCUGUAGAGGUCUACGUCAGGAGGCUUCGCCACAUUCGGCGGGCGGUGGUGAGACUUUUGGGCCGAGCGCCGGGGACGCUCGUAGUGAUCCGCUCGGCCAACCUCCAAGCUUUGGACCAGGAGGUGAGUCUGUUCAACAGCGACUGGUUCUCCCUGCAGCUCGACAUGGUGCUGAAAGCCAUGUUCAAGAGCCUGAACGUUCUAAUGGUGGAUGCCUGGGAAAUGAGUCUAGCUCACCACCUCCCGCACGCCCUCCAUCCUCCUCCAGUCAUCGUAAAGAACAUGAUCGACAUGGUUUUGUCUUACGUUUGCCCAGAGAACUCGAGCCUGAAAUAGAAGCACAAACCAGUGGUGAAAGUUUGUUGUUCAAACCCCUCAGACUUUAUUGUGUGUCCAAAUGAACAAACAACAGAUAUAGUGAUCCCAAAGCUUCAUCUCCUUUAAACUCCACCCUUUGUGAGAGAUCCUCUUGCAUUUGGUUUUAGUGCCAAACACUUUGGCACGAUGAUCGUUGUUGCUGCUCGCUUGUGUGUGUGUGUGUGUGUUCACCUGGGGCUUCUACACAGCUCAAUGACUCAAAAUAAACCACAACUCCGUAAAACACUGGAAAAUA